UUAAAUUUACACGUCCGCCAUGAACAGUGGAACAGUAAGUCGGUUUUUUAUAGCUCGCUGAUAUCCGCCAAUCUAGUUUCUGGCUCGUUUUCAUAUCCUACAUCGCAAUGUGUGAUCAAAUCGAGCUCAUGUCCGACGUUAAACGCUCCUUAUCAUUUUCCUCUAUAUAAACCGUUUGAUUGGCUCGCAUUCCUUUGACCGCUGCUAUAGGUUCCCCUCCGGCCACCAUGUCCGACGAGAAGGCUUCGAUCUCUGACACCAAGUCAGACAGCGUGGACGAGCUCAAGUUGGCUGAGCCGCUGGAGCGUCCAUUGAAUGAGCACGAAGUUAAGGCUUCGCUCAGAAGGAUCGAUCUCCGAUUGGUUCCAAUCAUGUUAGCUUGUUGGACGCUUCAGUUCAUCGACAAAGUUGUGCUUAAUUACGCGAACAUUAUGGGUCUGCAGAAAGACACGGGCCUGCAUGGAGAUCAGUUUUCUUGGUUGGCGACCAGUUUCUUCAUUGUGUUCUCGAUAGUUCAAAUUCCCGGCGUGUAUUUCCUCUCGCGGAUCCCGGUCAAUAUCUAUCUUGGCUGCCAUAUGCUCCUGUGUGGUAUCGCUGUAGCAUGUACGGCAGCAUGCAACAAUUACGCUUCGCUCGUUGUAGUACGCGUACUCCUUGCUAUAGGAGAAAGUGGUUUGGGUCCAAGUCUAUCAUUGGUCACUAUGAAAUGGUAUACUCGGGAUGAGGCUUCGAAGCGAUACGGCGUGUGGUAUUGCGGUUUGGGAUUGGGACAAAUCAUUGGCGGUAUCAUGUCAUUUGGUUUUCAGCAUGUCCAGCGAGGUUCGUUCGGUAGUUGGAGGGGGAUGUUCCUUGUUACUGGAUUCCUCAAUAUUCUUGUCGCGUUGUGGAUAUUCCUCGUUUUCACUGAUAACCCGACAUCCGCCAAAUUCCUGUCUCCUGCGGAACGUGCCUUCUUCUCUCGCAGACUACUGUCAGAGAAUAAGUACGUCGUGAAUACAAGACGUUUCCGAUUCUCUCAAGUCAUCUCAACCUUGACCUCCGAUGUCGCUAUAUUGCUUGCCUUUCUCAUCUCGGCUGCUUGUUCCCUCCAAAGCGGAGCUGUCAGUACAUUCUCGUCCACGAUCAUCUUAGGCUUUGGAUACAAUUCCAAGGAGGCUGCGCUGCUUAAUAUGCCCUCGGGCGCAGUGAGCAUAAUCUCAUCGUUGGCAGCAACCUGGUUCGUCGAGAACAACGUCCCUCGGUCCGUGGCUAUGCUCGUUCUUGUAGCACCGGCCAUUACUGGUGCGGCCUUGAUGUCAUUCGCAAAGGCAAAAGCCGCUCUGCUACUUGGAAUCUGGCUAAUCAACACUAUCACACCUAUCUUAAUUGUUGCGAUGAGCUGGUCGCAAGCAAAUUGCGCAGGCCAUACGAAACGUGUGGUCUAUAACGCUGUUAUUAUGAUUGCGUUUGGUGUGGGAAAUAUAUGUGGUCCACAAACAUUCCGAGCAAAAGACGCACCUCGGUAUUGGCCUGCAAAGAUUUCUAUGGUUGCUGCGACAGGUCUUUCCGGUCUUCUCACCGUCGUCUUAUUGAUGAUAUAUGUUAUGAGGAAUCGCAGACGGCGCAUGUUGGGCUCCGAACAUGCAGUCGAGGACAAUCUCAAAGAUGACGAGAAGACGGACCUAGAUAUGCCGGGCUUUAGGUAUGUGUAUUAGGCAGUCCUGUAAUGGACCCUGUCUCUUUGAAUAUGUAUGGAAAUGUAUGACACGAAAUGUGAUUCGAUCUCGCCCCCGCGAAACCUUAACAGCAAUGUUCCUCUGAGGUUAGUACUUAUGUAAAAUAAUGCUCUUUGUGCUAGCAAACAUAGUUGAAGGAUGUUGGACUUGGCCUCUGUGUUCAUCCUAACCCAUUUAUCUACGACUUUCUGAACGAUGCCCAAGCUUCCUGCGUUGCGUAGCCCUUUUGUUAUCCUUUGAAAAUACUUGAUCGCGUUUUCAUCUUACUUUGUUCCACUUCAGUAAGCUUCGCGGGUCGAAGUACCUUCAGGCUGGAAAUACAGCGGUGGAGGCCAC